AUGCGACCUGCGCCGAGCGUGCCACCGCCACCGACGCCGACGACGAUCAACAAGAAGAAGAAGAAAAAGGCAGAUGGGGAUGAGGAAGGACCAGAGGAUGCGGACCAGGUCUGGGCCCAGUUCCCGCCCGAGCUGCGCGCCUAUGUCCGCGCCGAGUACGCCAAAUCGGUCCGACCACCGAGCGUGCAGGGCCUUGUGCAGCAUAUGGAGCAGUAUGGCUGGCGUGCACGGACCACGACGGACCCUCCGCCCGCACCGCCGCCUCCACCACCGCAACACCACCAUCACCCGCAACCAACGAGUGUUCCGCAGCCCCCGUUCCCCUUUGACGCACAGCUCUUCUCCGAUCCCGGCUUUGCCCUUGCCCUCGAGCAGCUCACCAUUGCUGGUGGGCCCAAGCCGCCCCCACAGGACGACACCGAAUACGGCGACUUUUACUCGGACGAUGAGCCAGACGACGAUGAUGAUCUUGUCCCUCCGCCCAAUCUCGCCGCGUCCUCCAAAAAGAAGAAGAAAAAGAAGAAGAGAGUCCCUGCUACUCUGCCUCCUCCACCGCCUCCGCCUCCCAUCCCUGUUCCGCAUCCCCAGCCCCAUCCUCACCCGCAUCCCAGCCCAACAGCAGCAGCAGCAACACCACCAACAACAACAACGACGGCGGGCGGUUCCUCCCAGCUCACGGGCAGCAGGCAAACAGCCCAUGACGUUCCAGCCUGCCCCAGCAGCACCCCAGCCCCCAGCCAAACCACGCGUCAGUCCACCGAGCUCGAGCACCGCGAGCAACACCAAACUAUGGAAUACAAACUCCCUCGAGAACGCCAACGCAUCAAAGACUUCUGGCUCGGUCUCUCCGAAUCCGAGCGCAGAGAUCUCGUCAAGGUCGAGCGAGAGGCCGUCUUGAAGAAGAUGAAGGAACAGCAGAAACACAGCUGUGCCUGCGCAGUGUGCGGUCGGAAACGAGCAGCGAUCGAGGAAGAACUCGAGGUACUGUACGAUGCAUACUACGAAGAACUAGAACAAUACGCAAACAUCCAGCAGCGGUACGCCUCUUCCGGCGGUACCACCUCUCCCCCCCUCGGUCCUGGCCCCUUUCCCGGAUCCGUCGAGUUCGAUGCUACCGGAGCUGUCGUCAAUGCACAAAGACCUAUCGCGCAGCACGAUGCCUACGACGACGAUCCCGACGAAGACGAAUACGACGAUGAAGACGCCGACGAGGAGGACGAGGACGAAGAGGACGACAAGCCCAAUGGCGUUGUUCCGGCCCCUCCUGCCAAAGACUCGGGAACCUCGUUUUUAAAUUUUAGUAACAGUCUCACUGUCACUGCUGGGAAUAUAUUAACAGUCGCAGACGACCUUUUGAAAAACGAUGGUCAAAAGUUCCUCGAGAUGAUGGAACAGCUAGCCGAGCAUCGGACCAAUCGGGAGGAAGAGGCGGCGGAUAGCAUCGCGGCUGGAGAGGACGAGGACGAGGACGAGGACGAUGAAGACGAUGAAGACGACGAGGCCGACGAGUACGAAGACGAUCUCGACAAGAAAAUGGAAGACGGCAAACGCAUGUUCUCCAUCUUUGCGGCCAGAAUGUUUGAACAGCGCGUCCUGCAAGCAUACCGAGAACGCGUCGCACAAGAACGUCAGCUCCAGCUUCUCCGAGAGCUCGAAGACGAGGACAGAGUGGCGCAUGAGCGAGAGGCGAAAAAGGCGAAAGAGAAUCAGAGAAAGAAGGACAAGAAGCGACAACAAAAGCUGGCUAAAGAUUCCGAACGGGCUAAACGCGAUGCGGAUCGUUUGGCGGAAGAACAGGCCGCCCAGGUCGCGAGGGAAGAAGAGGCUCGCAGAAAGCGGGAAGAGCGCGAAGCCGAGCGGAGGGAAAAGCUGAAAAAGGAGGAAGAGAGGAAAAAGGCCAAGUUGGAGGCAGAGGCCAAGGCGAGGGAAAAAAAGAGGAAAAAGGAGGAGGAGGAUAGGAAGAAGAAGGAAGAGGAGAGGGACAAGGUCAAGGGUGAGUCGACUAGGGCGGGGGGAACUCGAUGCGGAGACAAAGUUGCUACGAUCGACGUACGCUUCAUUGUCUCGGCGAUCCUCAUGCCGUACGCCGCUCCACCACCUCAUCCGCCUCCAUCCAGACCCAUCCCUACCCCUGCUGCUCCCGUCACCAAACCCCCAGCAUUACCUCCAACGACACCCAAGAAGCCCCCGGUCAAGGCGAAUACUCAGCCAAUGAGCAUGAGCGCUGCGAGCUCCCCCGUCAAACCCAGCACCAUGCCACCCAAGGCGCCAACCCGAAGCGUCUCAGCAUCGACCCCCGCCGCAGCGAAACCGGUCAACGGCCCCGCAAAGACCGUGAAUGGCCCCACCACCAAGGCCGUAAACGGCCCACAGGGUUCCAAACCCGCUCCGAUAACGUCUGCGCCCAAGGCUGCUCUCGCAUCCGCAUCGGGGUCGAAACCUUCCGUAAACGAAAGCAAGGUCGUGCCCUCCGCCUCUGGGUCUGGAUCCAAGACCCAACGGGUAUCGAGCACACCCGUCAAGGUCUCGGUUCCCCAGGUAUCCACGUCCCAGCAGGCUCAGACUCAGGCGCAGGCGCAGGCUCAGGCUCAGGUGCAGGUCCCGCCUCGCCCGACAGGAUCGCCGGCUACAUCCUCGGUCACACAUGCGUCGGUAUCGUCCGUGAUGCACACGCCCGGGUCGUCGAUCACCCAUACGUCCACGCACACGACGGGAUCGGUGGGCUCGUCUCCGGCUAAACCUGUUGGACUUGGGUUGGGGCCUGUACCGAUCCAAGCGUCUGCAUCGGGGGCGAAUCUGGGUUCGCAAGUGCCAGCUCCUGUUCCAUCGGUCUCGGUGUCGGCUUCAACAUCUACAUCUGCAUCUGCAUCGAUAGUGGGUUCGGCAUCGGGCUCGGGUUCGGGCUCAGGUUCAGGUUCGGGUUCGAGCUCACAGACGGCACCUUCAAGUUCGCAGAUCAUUCCUUCGAAUGCGCAGCCCUCGAUGAGUACGAUUUCCCCCGUGCAAGCGUCUGUUCCAUCUGGAUCGCAAUUGCCUCCUAUAUCAGGACAGAUUCCGCAUGCUCAUAUGCAUCCACAACUCCCAUCUCACGCGUCGGGCUCGCAGAUUCCACAUACAUCUGGAUCGCAAAUCCCGCAUACGCCGGGAUCGCAAAUCACGCACGCGUCGGGAUCACAGAUUCCCCAUCCAUCAGGAACGCAGAUCCCCCACGCGCCACCGCCUGUCCCGAUCACGCCAGGUCCUCAAAUCCCGCUCCCCCUCCCUCCUUCGACACCUUACCAGGCCUUUGCGCCCACACCGUUCAUGUCACCUUAUCCCGGAAUGGCGUUUACACCCCCUCCGCCCCCGCUUCGCAUGUUCCCGGCUACCCCGCCCGAUUUUAGUGUUGGCGGAGCGUUCCAGCGCGGACUGACACCUCGCCGCGGGUCGAUUACGGAUUUACCGACCAGAGGACCGGUGAGCACCGGCUCGGUCGGGGAUGCACGGGAUUUAGCGUUGCCUUUAUCCUCUCGGGGCUCGGUAGGGGACAUACCCUCUCGCGGAUCGGUCGGAGACAUUUCUUCUCGAGGGCCAGUUGGGGACAUGCCGUCGCGAGGAUCGGUAGGGGAUAUACCCAAUCGCGCAAUCACGCGUCCGAUCGGGACGUCUGGCGCUAGGCGGUCUCCUUCUCCCGAACGACAUCCACUUGGAUCGAAAGCUCUCGCAGCAGACGAUGAUGAAGUCGUUACACCCAUCUCGCGACGGAAUACGACCGUCUCGUGGGGGAGUGCGCCUGGAGUUGGGAUGCUCCCUCCUGUUGGAAUCGCGGUAGGGACGAUUGGGCCUCCUCCCGGGUCGAUAGGUUCGCCCGUACCGAUAGGUGUAGGCGCGCCUGGACCUGGCCAAGGGCCCGGGCUAGUUGGUGCACCCGUGUUGGCCCCGCCGCAUUUAGGGUCGCCUUGGACGCCCGCUCCCGCUCCUCCUACCGCGGUACCUCGGCCUCCGAUGUGGCAACCCAACGGGAACCCAUGGGGCCAGUUCCCGGCUGUUCCCUUUGCGGAACGAUGA